GCAAGUAGUGUGCACGGCUUCAAGCGAGUACAACGCGAAAAUGGAACUAGUUGCGAUGGAUGUAGAUGCACCCGUUCAAAACAAUACAGAUGAGGUUGCAGAACCAGCUGAAGGCGAAAGCGCACAGCCUUUGGCAGAAGUGACCAAGAAACCCAAGAAACCGGGGAAAAAAAAGGUGGAAAAGGUAUGCUUAGCAAAUCGUGGAUGGAGACUACUGGGAAGUACAUUAAUUACCAUCACACCUCUUCUAGUUUAG